CGUCGGCAGCGUGGGACGCCGUCGCUCCCAGAACCCUUUCCGAUCCAAGAUGGCGGCGGCUGCCUUUUUGCGGUGAGGUCGGCUGAGGCGAAAGCUGAGGGGAGAAAACACGUAAGGAGAACGCACCGUCCUGAAGGAGAGCUGCCCCACCGCUCCCAGCCGAAGCCAUGGCCACAGUGGUGGCCAAACGGGAAGGCCCCCAGUUCAUCAGCGAAGCAGCCGUCCGGGGAAACGCAGCCAUCCUGGAUUAUUGCAGGACGUCCGUCUCCGCUCUCUCGGGAGCCACCGCCGGCAUUCUCGGCCUCAACGGCCUCUACGGCUUCAUUUUCUACUUCCUGGCCUCCGUCUUACUCUCGGUGCUUUUGGUGCUAAAAGCCGGACGGCGAUGGAACAAAUAUUUUAAAUCCCGAAGGCCUCUCUUUACCGGAGGACUGAUCGGGGGGUUAUUCACAUAUAUUCUCUUCUGGACUUUCCUCUACGGCAUGGUGCACGUUUACUAGGAGGAGGAGGAAGGUAUAGCCAGAACGGUCGUGAGGAGGGACGGCUUGCUCCUUCCUCUCUGAUGCCCUAGAACGGGGAUCCCGACCCAUUGCUUGCACUCUUCACGCGCUCCCUAACCUAUGUCAGAAAGCAAGAACCCUGCUAAUGAAACAGAAUGUGAAACACCCCCCUCCCACCUCCUCGGUCUUUAAAAAUGACAUGUAAAUAACCCAGUCCAGAGGACGUCUCCGUUCUCCUCGGUUUAUCCCUCUGCCACAAGGCUGCUAGAAUUCUCUUCUAACCCCCUUUAGCCCAACCUUCCCUUCGGAGACUUUCCUUGCUGUGUAACCAGAUCUUCUAUUUUGGAGAGGAAAAAAAAAAUCUAUAUCAAUA